CGCCUUAUGAGCGGGCCCGCUUCUUUCCGCUUCCCCCCUCGGCGCGCCGCCGAUCCUCGCCAUCCUCCCCCUGCCGAUGCCCGAGCCGGUGCCGCUGCUCGUUCACCAGACGGCCCCGCGCGACCGCGGCCGCUGGGACCCGCACUGGGAGCCGUGCCAGGCCACCUGGCGAGCGGCAUGCCCCGAGCCUGGGCACCAGCACCUCCUGUGGGACGACGGCGGGCUGCGGGCGCUCGUCGCGGAGGCCUUCCCGGAGCACCUGGCGGUCUACGACGGCUACGAGCGGCACAUCCAGCGCGUCGACUUCGCCAGAGCCGCCAUGCUGGAUUGGCGGACUUGCACGGGGGCCUGUAUGCUGACAUGGAUGUUGAGGCCCGCGGGUCACCCUUCCCGCACCUCCCAGCCGGCAUGGUGAGUGUCGUCGCGAGCCCGUACCCAGAGAACGAACAACACCAGAAUUCGAUGAUGGCGUCGCCGCCGAGGCACGCCUUCUGGCGCGCCUUCGUCGAGGAGGCCGUGCGGCGGCGCAGCGACGCUGGGAGCUACCGGACGACGUGGCAGUUGACCGGGCCGCAGCUCCUCGACGCGGUGGUGCGGGCGCGGCCGCACGAGGUGCACGUGCUGCCGACCGCAGAAUUCAACCCCGCCGUGCGCUCCCCGCUGUUUCACGCGACGGCCGUGGUGACGCGGCACUUUUGCACCAGCGUGUGGACGCACGACAUAUAUGGACGCUGGCGGCAUGCGGCUGUACCACGCGUCAAAGGCCGGGGACCUCGAGGAGAUCCAGGCAGCGGCGGAGGCUGGGGCGGACCUCGAGGCGUGCGACCAUGCCGGCCUCACUGCGAUGCACCACGCCGCGAUCCGUGGCGACGCCGCGGCGCUCUCGCUCGUCGCGUCGCUGGGAGGCCCCAAGCCGUGGCGCUGCUGCUGGACCGGCGCGCUUGCAUGGCUCCGCGCCUCAGGGCUGGAGCGGCUGCGGGCGCGACGGCCCUGGACCUCGCCCUGGCUGGGGCGGCGGCGCGGGGCGGCGCAGGGCCAGCCGCGCUUGAAGUCCUGGCGCUGCUCCAGGAGGCGGCGAAGCAGGAGGCUGUCGCCGCCCCUGUCGGCGUGGCGCCCGUCGCCGCCUCUCCUCCCCGCGGCGGCGGCGCCGCGGCGGCGCCCGGGGUGCCAUGCUCGGGCGGUGCCGCUGUGCUGCCGCUCUCGCCCG